AUGGGGCGACCAAAGUUGUCUGCACGCAACGUGCUGUCGCAUCUGAAGCGACGAGCAGCCAGCAUGAUCAAAUCCAAAAAGCCAGCAGCAACAGCAGCGGCGGCGGCCCCUGCCCAGCAACCAGCAGAAUGCCACUUCUUCAAACUGCCAGCAGAAGUUCGCAUCAACAUCUACGAGUGCGCAUUCAGCGACUUCCACCCCUCACCAACAAAGAACGACGAAUACACCCACACCCGAACGGCCUCCGCGCCGCUCCUCCAAACCUGCCGCCUCAUCCGCCGAGAAGCCAUCGGAUUCUACUGCGACCGCCUGCGCGAACUCGCUCGCGAAGUACGAGAGUGCUACGACAUAUCCUCCCAGGCACUCAACAACCACAUGGAGACCGUCCGUCUGCACAUCUUUCGCCGCGAGUACGGAGAAGCAGCCAAGGUCUCAGAAGUGUUUAGGACGAUGUCACAGGCAAUGACUUUCAUGGCUGAAUACAGAGGCAAGAUUAAUCUCGGGACUGCGAACAAGAUUGGAGAUUUGAUGAUGCUGGGGUAUUCGACUGGAUACUGGUGGGCUGAGGAGUAUCUAAGGGAGUUGAAGCGUCCCUGGUUGGAGUCGGAGAGAGGUUCGAGACGGGUGGACUUGGGUGCUGUUGCCCUUUGA